UCGGCCUCGGCGAUGGAGGCGGCCUGGGUGGCAGCGGCGGCAGCGCCGCGCGGCAGGCGCCGGCCGCCCCCUGAGCAUUAGUGGCCUGAUCCUGCAGACACGCUGUGUAAUACCGGUCACACGAGUUAACACCACCUCCCGUUUAUUGGCUUUAUUCAUAGCAUACGAUUACAGACCAUGAAUUUUGGCUAGAUUGAAGUAUGAUGUAAUCUCUGGCCAUCAAAAAUAUAGCAGCAGUAGUAGCAGCAGCAGUUCUGAAUGGUAGAGAAAAAGUAGUAAGAAUCUGGACCAGAAAAGAAUCCCACCAUGCAACCAAAUUGCAGUCAUCUCCACAAUAUCCAAGGGAACAGUGAUGAGUCUUUGUCUUCUCAGAAUGUCCAUGCAGCAAGAUUGCCAGGAGAAAGCUCGUGCCAUCAUAGUGGAGAUGUUCGCAUACAGUUAAACUCUGCUGUGGGAGAAGCUAGAGAAAAUGCAAGUUCCCAGCAUUCGAGGCCAGGCUCCCGAAGUCACUCACAUGGACAUGCCCACAGCGAAGCAGUGGGGCUUGACGAUUCCACUCCAGACUCGGAAGAACACAGUGGCAGCUCCCUCUCAGAGCUCAGAUACCUCCUGCAGUGGCUGCACAAAAGUCUGCCGUAUAUCUUGAUUUUGUGUGUGAAAUUGAUCAUGCAGCACAUAAUUGGCAUUUCUCUUGGAAUUGGGCUGCUAACAACUUUUAUGUACGCAAACAAAAGCAUAGUAAAUCAGGUUUUUCUAAGAGAACGGUGCUCCAAGUUGCAGUGUGUUUGGUUACUAGUAUACUUAUCUGGAUCAUCUCUCCUCUUGUAUUAUACCUUUCAUUCUCAGUCACUGUAUUACAGCUUAAUCUUUUUAAAUCCUACUGUGGAUUUCAUGAACUUCUGGGAGGUACUUUGGAUUGUGGGAAUCACAGACUUUAUUCUGAAAUUUCUCGUCAUGGGCUUCAAAUGCUUUAUUCUCUUGGUGCCUUCUUUCAUGAUGUCUUUUAAAUCCAAGGGCUACUGGUACAUGCUGUUAGAAGAACUCUGCCAGUAUUACCGUAUGUUUGUCCCCAUACCAGUUUGGUUCCGUUAUCUUAUUGGCUAUGGGGAGCUCGACAGUUCACUAGGAUGGACCCUUGGGAUAUUGCUGGGCUUACUCUACCUCAUCCUAAAACUUUUGAGCUUUUUUGGACAACUGAGAAACUUUAAACAAGUGUUACGGAUAUUUUGUACACGACCACACUAUGGAGUGACAGCUAGCAAGAGACAGUGUUCUGAAUCAGAUGAUAUUUGUUCAAUCUGCCAAGCUGAAUUUCAGAAGCCUAUUCUGCUUAUCUGUCAGCACAUAUUUUGUGAAGAAUGCAUCUCUUUAUGGUUUAAUAGAGAGAAAACGUGUCCACUCUGCAGAACUGUUAUUUCAGACCAUGUUAACAAGUGGAAGGAUGGAGCUACUUCUGUGCAUCUACAGAUUUUCUAAAGCAUGUCAUAUGACUUCAGUUUUACAGUUUGUUUGUUCCAGUUAAGAGUUUGCAACUUACUGUAGCUAUGAUUGUAGGUGGCAUAAGACAAGACUUUUAGGAUUUUACACUUCUAUGAAAUGUUCCAAUAUUAAAACAGUAAAGAAAUGUACACUUUUAAGUGUUAAAAAAAAAAAUCAUUUUCAGAAUGAAUGCACAAAAGCCAGCAUUGCUUCUCUCAUGAUUCUUCCAGGAAACGGUCAAACCCUUGAAAAUGCUGCAUUACUGCUUGCAGCAGCUUCUUAAUUUAGCAUUUUAUUUAAAGGUACAAACAGUAUUCUAGACUGUAAUAAAAUGUAUUUAUUCUUUGAAUAUUACUCAAACUAAAAGGUCAUUCAGCAGGCUAUAUUCAGACUAUGAGCAAUUUUUAUAGCUUGGAUUACAAUGGGAAUUAGAGGUACUUGCCACACUUGGUAUUAAAGAUCAUUUAAUGCUAGCCCAACAGAUCAGAGAAAUCAACUUCUUUAUUCUUGUGUCUACAGCAGCAACUACUUUUCAUUGUACCUGGAGAUAAGCCACAAGAAUAGGACGUUUCCCCUUUGGCUUCCUGUAGAUUUCUAAAGGAUCUUAGGCUUAAUACAUAAACCAACCACUGAUGAUAGUUUUUUACAUAGCAUUUUAUAAAGCUUAUAUUUUUAAAGCAAAUCUUAAUACUGUAUUUUUUGCUCUAAUGGGCAAGCAAAUUUUCCUAUAGAGGAGAAUCUAUUUUAUACUAUAUUUGCAAUUUGUAGUGUGCAUAAAAAUCAGAGAGAAUAAAUGCAUUUAAAUCUGUUUGUUUGGUGCAUGCUGAAUAAGCAAAUAAGAUUCCUUACUGUUUCAAUAUUAACUUACAUGUAAGCCCACAAUAAUGCCUUAUUCACUGCUAGACAUACUUCUGUUAAACUCUUGUCUUUGGGGUGGGGGGGGGAGACAAAAAAAAAAAAAAAAAAAAAAACUCUGAACAUUCAUGUAUUUGUAACUUAUUUUAUACUAUUCAUAGAGCCAGCUUAUGUACAAUCUUGCUCCUUUUUUUUUUCCUGCAUUGUCUUUUCUCAUCUUCCUAUUGCAAGACUGAAAAAAAGCACUCAAACUAUUUAGUUACAGCAAUGUUAAAUUGAGCUGACUAACGUUAACUUGAAAUUGUCUUUUCAUUUAAUACCUUUAGGAAACUUCCAAAUUAGAGAAAAACAAAGCUAUACACUUACUUGAUGAAUGAUGCAGCAACUUGAGAGGCUAGGCAGUGUGACUGGCUAUUAAAAACUUGCAGCUGAUGCAGCUAGAUGUAUACAGCUAACAGGGCAUGAUGGGAGAGUGCUCUUAAAGUUGCAGCUAGAAUUUUAACAGUAGCAUGCUUUGGGAUUCUGAAUGAAAACCUAACUAACAAGUUAAAUUAACAGGCUAACAAAUAUCACUUUUCUGUUCAACCAAGGUUUUGCUACAGAAUAUGCUGUAUUUGGUUAUUAUAUUUGUUUGAUGCUUACUGUAGUUUGGAGUAAACAUGCCCUAGGGUUGUACUACCUUAAUAUCUGAAUUAUUGGGGACAAAGACUCUAGCUUGAAGAAAACAAGCAAAAGCUUCUAAAACUGUAGUUGGAAACUUCUGGGAGUAGCAGAGGCUGGUUCUCCUGGAAGCCCUUGCCAGCAAUGAGGUACUUAGUUUGGAGAAUCUACAGCUGAAUGAUAUUAAAACACUCCUGAGGGUGACAGGGAAGAAUUAGUGCUUGGCCACAGACUGAGCUGUGGUGUAAUAGGCUUAUGCUUGCUCUUCCAGUAUUGGCAGAACAAACUGCUCUCUGUUUCCUCAGACAGAUCUUGUCAUGCCUUAUUUUGCAUAUAAAGUUGAUACAAGAUCAGAA